CGGCUCCAUCCCGCGGAGCUCCCGCAGCCCAGCAGGGGGCAGAGCUGACCCGCAGGAGCGGAGUGGGGCGGAGCUGAUGCGUCCUGGAUGCUGCUUCCAUAGGGGAAGAAUCGUUACCGCCUGGUAACUGUAAGUGCUUGCGAUCCAUGGGGGAGGUAAAAAGGAAGGAGAGGAAAGGAAGAAGACGCCUUGCUGCUACAAGCUCGUUCCCCUCUGCACAAGCUCGGCAUGUAAUUUGUAUCAGAUCUGACCACUUUGUUGGUUUAAAUGCAUUCACAGUAGCAGAGAAUCACCGAAGUUGGAAAACAGCUCUGAGAUCACCACGGCCCUGAACGAUCCGUGUAUAGGAUGCCGUAUUCAGUUCUACUGCUCACAGAGUUGGCUCCAGGAUGUUUGAAUGUUUUAAUUACAGCGCAGAGCAGCUUUUGGAGGAAAACAUUUCCUAAUAUCCGACCUGGGAGAUAUUUCAGUGCUUUCUGCCUUUCAGACCACGUUCCCGAACGAGCCGUACAAACUAAUAGGCAGAAAUCAGCUGGAGAUGGAUCUCCAGACUCACGGCUCCGUUUCAGUGUUUGUUUGGCUCUUUCCUGUCGCUGAGGAAAUGCUCCAUGUGCUGCUGCCCCGCUCGGCUCCAUGAAGAAGAUCCUGAUGGCACAGGAUCACAAGAUGGUGGAUGAGCUCCGGAAUCACCUCUCUGAGCAGCAUGAAGGCAUUGGGCUUCAUUUAGCUGCUCUUAACAUGUAGCGUGGCAGAGAUCAUGGCCUCCCAGGUAAGCUGGCUGUGGCAGCAGAGCUUCCAAAGGGAAACAGUGAAAAUCAGGCUCUCGUGGGACUGAACACUGGGAAACGUCUCCAGCCCGUGCUUGGCUGAAACUCUGCUCAGAAAAUUUCACUGCAUGAUGUGAAAAUGUCACUCAAUUUUCUCUCCCCAGACAGUGUCCCAGGAAAAAAAUACAUGAAAGAGAGAGAAAGAGAGAGAGAAAAGCAUGUCAGAGCCACUCAUGGGGCUCUGCAACAUGAAAAACCAGUGCAAUGGCAUUGCAAGAUGGUCUUGAGAAACAGGUUGUUGAUACAACUGGAUGGAGGGUGCUGUUGCCUAACAGCGUUAUUAGGCUGAUGCAAGUGCCUGGAGCUGCUGUGCCAUUGAUGAGGAGCUCUGGAUUCAUGGGCUUGGAGUCGAGACGGAGGCUUUGCAUGUGAUGCAGAUGUGUGGUCAGGUUUUGCUCUCAGCUCUCAUGCAGAGCUUGACACAGAGGCCUGCUUUUGGCUGAAGGUUCCUGCCCCAUAGAAUCAUAACAUCACAGAAUUGCUGAGGUUGGAAGAGAUCUCUAUGAUCAUCCAGUCCAGCUGUUCACCUGCCACCAAUACUGCCCACGUCCCCCAGUGCCACAUCCCCAGGGCUCUGAACACCUCCAUGGACGGUGACCCCACCACCUCCCAGGGCAGCUGUGCCACGGCAGCACCAUUCUCCCAGUUCUAAUCCUUUGCUGGAUGUAUCCUGCAUUCAGAUACUUCUGCAAGAUGACCUUCUAUCAGGUGUGGAUCUUCACCAUCAGCUUUCUGGUUAUCAUCGUUGCUCUUCCUCGUGGCCGCAACUGUGAAAACAUGAAGAUUCUGCGCAUGGCGAUUCUUCCAGUCAAACACAUCCUUGGUGUCAAGAUAGUGGUGAAGGGCAAGGAGAACCUCAAGACUAAGAAGCCUUGUGUCCUCGUGUUGAAUCACCAGAACUCCCUGGACAUUAUGGUGAUGAUGCAGAUAUUGCCGAAUCGCUGCGUGCCCAUUGGAAAGAAGGAAAUACUGUACAUGGGCUCUUUUGGCAUCGCAUGUUGGCUUUCAGGCGUCAUUUUCAUCGACCGCAAGAAGAGGGAAGAGUCCAUCGCCAUCCUGACGGAGGUGGCACACACCAUGCGCAAAGACAACUUCCAUGUCUUGGUCUACCCUGAAGGAACUCGCAAUCACAGUGGCUCCAUGCUGCCCUUCAAACGUGGGGCCUUCCAGCUGGCCGUGAGAGCCCAGGUCCCCAUUAUUCCUGUAGUGAUCUCUUCCUACAACAGCUUCUACAGCCAGAAGGAGAAGAGAUUCACAUCAGGGACGAGCACCAUCCAGAUCUUACCAGCAGUGGAGACCGUUGGCCUGAGCUCAGAUGAUGUCCCCAAGCUCACAGAGCAGGUCCGUGACUCCAUGAUGAGUGUCUAUCAGAGGAUAUCGGGAAUGACGAAUGGGGGCUCCCAUGAGUGACCUCACAACCACAGAAAGGCCUGGAAGCAGAAAACACAAAGGACUGCAAACCUGACAGGGACAGGCAAAAGCACGGAAUCAUUUGAUUUGAAAGGGACUCUUGAAGCCCAUCUGGUCCAACACCCACAGCUCCAUCAGUGCUCAGAGCCCCUCCAGCCUGACCUUGGCUGUCUGCAGGGAUGGGGCACCCACUGUAUGUCUGGGCAACCUGUGCCACUGCCUCACUGCCCUUACUGCACAAAUCUUUCUCCUUGUUUCCAAUCUAAAUCUCCCCUCUUGUCCUGUCACAACAGCCCCUGCUAAAGACUCUGUCCCCUUUCUUACAGGGGACCGUUGGCUUUCUGGGCUGUGAGGGCACACUGCUGGCUCGUGCCCAGCUGCCACCCAUCACUACCCCCAGGUCCUUUUUGGCAGAGCUGUUGUUCAUCCUGACACCCCACAGCUUGUACUGGUGGCAGGGGUUGCCAUGACCCACGUGUAAGGUGUCCACACGCUGUAUUGUGAUUAAAAAGUAAAAAUGGUUUGUG